AUGAAUGUCCAGAACAGCCGUGCGGCUACAGUCGCUGUGGACUGCCGCCUCUACGAUCGAAUUUUGGAUCGGGCGCGCCGUGACGUCAACCUCAAGGCCUGGCAUGUUCAGCGUCCUCGUCAGCCAGCCACCAAUCCACCUUUUCAAUUCUACCUGCGAUCCCGCCCAGCCAACUCGCCUACCCACUCUGAGAUACCCAACCAGUACACCAUGGCCCAUGAACUCGACCCCGAACCUUCCUUCAAGUUCGAACCAAGCGAGGACGAUGCUGAAUUCGAAUACCACUACGAGGAGACGACUAUCAGCCAAACGGACCCCACGCGCACUCUUCUGUUUCGCGUUCCCAACGAGGAUAGUUUUGCAGACGAGCAGUAUUUCGACACAAUUCAGCGCCAUUUGGAACGGCGUGGUCUUGAUUUCGACAAGGAUCGGCGCCAGAAUGCGAACCAGCCAAGCGCUGGGGGGAACGAGCCCGCUCCUUCUCCCUCUCCGGCCGCAUCUCUCACUUCAGUUGCGUCGGCCACGGCGGAACCUUCUUCCGGUACUAGUGAAGGCGAUGGCUCGUCGAGAGGCUCUGCCACCUCUGGGUCAAGCGCAAGCAGGUCUGCCUCUUCGACUUCGCAUAUCUCGAUUCCUAUCACAGCUCCCGCCGGCGCAAUCGUCAUGACCCAGCCACCACAAACCGUCGGAACUUCCUUCUUCAAGAUCUCUCCUUCAGGACCAAACGGGCCAAACCUGGUCACCUUUGGCUGGAACAUGACGAAUGUCAUCGUCCAGCCUACUUCGUUGACAGUCCAGGCGGCAUGCCAAAAUGGGUUUACGUACGCUGUGGGCGGUCCAAUGGGAAACUCGACUGCUUCAGAUCCAGCUGAUCAAGCGGCGUAUACUGGAGAGGGUGUCAUUCCGGCGUCCCAGUCUCGUGUCAUAUGGGAUGUUAUUGGGUAUCAGGAGGCUCACCCCGAGACUCCACUCCCGCAAGGUUUGUGCACGCUGAGAAUCAACGAUGAGCGAGGGUUUGGAGCAGCGCACAAGGCUGGGUACUUGGCCCCCAACGACGGGCUCACGUUCGCCCUUUACACCGGCGAAGCCUAUACCCCUCUUGCCAGUGGUUGGAGCUGCCCUGCCUGUAUUGCCAAUGGCAGCGGUCGUCUUGUCCCAUAUGCGAUUCCUGUUCUUCGCCUUGCCGCAGCGAUAUCCCCCUCCAUGAUGCCAGAGCUAGAGAUCAUCUUCGCGGUGCUAGCUACCCUUGUUGUCUUCGCUGGGUCGAUGAUCUACAUCUUAAAACCCGCAAGGCGAAACAGUGCCAGUGCCAGUCCGAGUCCCAGCACCACCCGACAGAGAAGGCAGAAAUUCUUCGAAGCGCAGACCGCUCGGAGGCGCGAGUUGGAGGGCACGGGAAACGUGCCCGUUGGUACCCCUCCCAAUAUGGAUACCGCCCUCCCCACGCCUACCCUGACCAACAGGAGUCUCAUAAUUAUCGACCCCGACGACACUGUUGAGGAUGCUUUGAAGGUCGGGAGCGUCUACAAGGCCAUGUCGAGAGGAAUUGAAACCUUCGACGGGGACUAUGACGGGGACGAGGAUGACAGAGAUGCAGAGGAGGUUGAGAAUGAACUCCUGAUGUUGUGGGACGGUACCAGGGACUCCUUGGGCGGCAGGGUCACCACUGUCGUCCCGUUUGGUGCUUGA